UUCGGUCGCCUGCCACUUCUCAGAACAAAAACACCCGCACCUUCUUGUAAUAUUCCUUUGGCAUCUUAAAUACGAAUGUAACUCUGAUUCUUCGACUAACCCCGAGCUGCUUCUCUAUAUAAAUACCCCUUCCUCUCCUCUUCUUUUCAAAACUCCACAUCCCAAAAAUAUUUACAUCCUAGCUAGUAUUUGUUCUUUUUCGACGUGGUGAUCAAUGGCCGCCGUCGCCGCUGCAGCUGGUGGAAUUGUGGUGGUUUUUGAUUUUGACAAAACCAUCAUUGACGUGGAUAGUGAUAACUGGGUUAUUGAUGAGUUGGGUUUUACCGAUUUGUUCAAUCAACUCCUCCACACCAUGCCAUGGAAUUCUCUCAUGGACAGGAUGAUGAAGGAAAUUCAUUCACAUGGAAAAACCAUUGAAGACAUUGCAGAGGUUCUGAGACGUAUUCCUAUUCAUCCCCAGGUCAUCUCUGCUAUCAAAGCAGCCCAUGCUUUAGGGUGUGAGUUGAGGAUUGUAAGUGAUGCAAACAUGUUCUUCAUCGAGACAAUUCUGAAUCAUCUUGGGUUGAAGGAUUACUUCUCUGAAAUCAACACGAACCCAGGUUUUGUUGAUGAGCAAGAGAGGCUAAGGAUAUCUCCUUACCAUGAUUUUACUCAAUCUUCUCAUUGCUGCAGCCUUUGCCCUCCUAACAUGUGCAAGGGUCUCAUCAUUGAAAGAAUCCAAGCUUCCAUAUCCAAGGACGGAAGCAAGAAAAUCAUCUAUCUUGGAGAUGGUGCUGGCGAUUAUUGCCCGAGCUUGAAGCUUACUGAGGCAGAUUAUGUGAUGCCAAGGAAGAAUUUCCCAGUGUGGGAUUUAAUCAGCGAGAAUCCAUUGCUUGUGAAGGCAGAAAUUCAUGAAUGGAUCAACGGGGCAGAGCUAGAACGGGUGCUGCUCCAAAUUAUUGAAAGAAUUUCCACGGACGAGAUCAGCAGCAAUUCUGCCCAGUUGCUCUCAGCUGAUUGCAAGUUACAGACCAUAUCAAUUGCUGCUCAUGAAGGCUUGCCUCAACCCCUCUCAGUUACCCAGUAGUUAACCUAUAUUAGCAGCAUAAAUGUUGGACAAAUGCCAACGCUACCUAGUCCCCCCCCCCCCCCCCCCCCCUCCAUCUUGGGUUUAAACAAGAAGCAUGCAAGUUUGUGACGUUUCAUGUGGAUCCAUAAAAGUAUUCUAUAAUAUAAAUUUUAAGUUUGCUUCA